ACUGCUUCACACAUCUUUGGCCUUCAAGCGCCGAAGCCAGUGGGUCGUCGUUCCCGCAAGCCCGGAAUGGACCGCAAACCUCGCCAGGCAUACAGUGCUAAACAGUUGGAUCGACUAGAGACAGAGUUCAAGGAAGACAAAUACCUCAGCGUGAGCAAAAGAAUGGAACUGUCAAAAGCACUAAACCUGACAGAGGUUCAAAUAAAAACAUGGUUUCAAAAUCGACGCACGAAGUGGAAGAAACAACUGGCCUCGAGGUUAAAAUUGACGCAUCGACCGACGGCUAGUUUGUAUUUCCCGCCAGCGCAGUAUGCAGCGCUCCUAGCGCCGAACACGCCGUACUACGUUGGGGUCGCACCUUCUCCGCACAUGAGUUUGUUCUCUGAAUCGCCGCUAGAUGUCAGGAGUUCCUCAGCGUUCAGCGAUCUGCCUACAACUGACAACGACCUCGACAUCAGCUAA